CACCCCCUCAGAGGAAAUAGAUGUACAGCCCAAGCCUCCUUUAGUCACCGGGCUACUUUGGUAUCAGAAGACAAGGAGCUCCAUGCUACCCUGAAGUACUUGCCUUACCUCUGCCCCAAAGUGCCAACCUUCUCAACGGUGGAAGUUGGAGGAAGCAAUGAUGGACCUUCUUCUUUUCUCCAUGGAGACUUGGGCUCUUCUCGCCCUCUUCAUAGGCCUACUGAUGCUAUAUGGCAUUUGGCCCUAUGGCGUCUUCAAGAAACUGGGCAUCCCAGGACCACAGCCAAUCCCUUUCUUGGGCACGGCCCUCGCCUAUCGCAAAGGAGUAACGGAGUUUGACAAAAAAUGCUUUGAAAAGUAUGGGAAAAUGUGGGGGUUUUAUGAUGGCCGGUGGCCUGUGUUGGCUGUUACUGAUCCAGCCAUAAUCAAAGUUGUCCUGGUGAAAGAGUGCUACUCCAUCUUCACCAAUCGCCGGAUGUUUGGUCCACUGGGCAAGCUGAAAUCAGCUGUUUCACUAGCUUCAGAUGACCAGUGGAAGAGGAUUCGCACUGUGCUCUCGCCUACUUUCACCAGUGGGAAGCUUAAGGAGAUGUUUCCUAUCAUCAAGCACCACGUGGACAGCCUAGUGAAAAAUAUUCAAGGCAAAGCGGAGAGGGCGGAGCCUGUGGACAUCAAAGAGAAAUUUGGGGCCUACAGCAUGGAUGUGAUGACCAGCACUUCCUUUGGGGUGAACACAGAUUCCAUGAACAACCCCAAUGACCCUUUUGUCAGGGAGGCGAAGAAGCUGGUGAAGUUUGACCUGUUUUCCCCAAUCUUCGUUUUAUUAUAUCUCUUUCCAUUCCUACAUCCCAUUCUGGACAAGAUGAACAUACAUAUCUUCCCCACAAGUGCUGUGAACUAUUUUGAAAGGGUAAUCAGGAACAUCAAGCAGGAACGGGAGCAAACGAGUGGAAAGGGCAGAGUGGAUUUCCUACAGCUGAUGAUCGACUCCCAGGAGUCAAAUGUGCAAUACGAGAGCAAUGGUGUGAGCCACUCCUAUAAAGCGCUGACCGAGGAAGAGAUGUUGGCACAAGCCAUCAUAUUCAUAUUUGUGGGUUAUGAGGCCACCAGCAUUAUCCUCAGUUUGAUGGCGUACGAAUUAGCGACCCACCCAGACGUCCAGCGAAAAUUGCAAGCUGAGAUUGACGUUGUCCUGCCAAAUAAGGCUCCCAUCACCUAUGAUGCCGUCAUGCAAAUGGAAUACCUUGACAUGGCAGCCAAUGAAAUCCUCCGGAUGUACCCGAUUGGCGGGCGAAUUGAAAGAUUGUGCAAGAAAGACGUGGAGUUGAAUGGAAUCACCAUUCCAAAAGGGAUGACGGUUAUGGUUCCUCCGAGCAUCUUGCACUAUGACCCAGAAUACUGGUCAGAACCUGAAGAAUUUAGACCGGAAAGAUUCAGCAAAGAGAAUAAGGAGAGCAUCAACCCUUAUGUUUACCUGCCAUUCGGAGCUGGUCCCAGGAACUGCCUUGGGAUGAGGUUUUCUCUCUUUACCCUGAAGGCUACUGUUGCUAGCCUGAUGCAGAACUUCACCUUCAAGCCCUGCAAGGAGACAAAGAUCCCACUGGAAUUGACUUCAGUAGGACUGCCAAAGCCCAAAUACCCCAUCAUCUUGCAAGCCGUCUCCAGAGCCAGCUCUGCACAGUAGUGGUGUUUUUCCAGCAGAAUCUCAUUACUUCAGCAAUGCUGAGAGAUCUGUGACUAGCGUAUCAAUCCUUUGGACCAUUCUUCUGGUGAAAUGCGUUUUGGCCUUUAUUUGCACAAAAUCUUUCAUUCCUUGCCAUGUGAUGACUUGGACACCUCGAAUUUUCAUGCUUUCAUGGUUUUCUACCAUGCAUCUAUGAGCACGUGGCUGAGGUUGCAUCAGUGGAAGCCUUGCAACUUAGCAGUGACAAAGGUUUUCACCUCUGAAAGCAGCAGUUUCCUGAAUAAGUUCUGCUGGCCCUCGCAUGUCUAGCUGCCUAUCAUCGCCCAUGUGGCCAGUUCAGAAAGUGUGGCUGUGAUUGCUGGUGUGACUGGUCCAGGGAGCAAAUUCAUUCACUCUUAAUCAGCUGUGUUUGCUUCAGUUAUACCAGGAUGCAGGGAAAUCAAAUAUGUUACGUGGGUCCUUGAGGCUCUAGGCACAUGGACCCAUAUGUGGUGGAAUUGUAAGAAAAUCAGACAGUUCUGGGAAAUGAUUUAUAAUGAGACCAAGAAAAUGUUUAAAUGCUCUUCCCCUAAAAAGCUAGAAGCCUUCCUGCUCGGAAAAAUGGGUAAUGAAAUCCCCCCAAAAUAUAGGAGAGUUUUCAUGUAUGUUACAGUUGCUGACAGAAUCUUAAUUGCAAGAGUUGGAAGGGAGAAGACAUCCCAUCCAAAUCAGCCUUGCAAAAUAAAUUAAGAGGAUAUUGUACGCUGAAAUAGUGAGACUAUCAGCAAGGCUACAGGACAUCACAGACGAAAAAUUCAAUAGAGAGUGGGAUAUAUACAGAGUCUAUGUGAAAAAACACUGUCAAAGUAUAAAUCCAUUGGCAGGUAUUGAUUGAACUUCUGUGGGGGAAUAGGAGAAUACAAUAAGAUUUAAAGUAAGUUAAAUAGUAUGGAAUAAUAAAACCAAAGUGCAUUUAAGAAAUAUAACUUAGAAACAUAAAGGGAAGAUCGGAGGUAACACUGAAAUUAAUUGCAAAUAAGACAAAAGGUAAAUAAUUGAACAAAUGAUUGUAGAUUAUCUGUUAACAUUCUUUUUCAUGUUUUCUGUUUACAUGUACUGAACAUUUAUGUUAUGCAGCUUUCAAUUAAUAAAGCAUAAUAGGAAGAAGAAGAAGAAGAAGAAGAAGAAGAAGAAGAAGAAGAAGAAGAAGAAGAAGAAGAAGAAGAAGAAGAAGAAGAAGAAGAGGUCCUUGACUUCCUGGGAUGCUUGAUGAAGAAAGAAGUGGUUGAAGAAGCAGCUGGGGGGUGGGGGGCGGAGAGGCAGUAACAAGAUGAAAAAAUACUCCUAGGGAUCAGGGUCUUCUUCCCUCCCCAGUAAUUAUUUUAACCCCCUUCCUCCUCAAAAGUAUUGGUACUUUCCCACCAAAACUGGAAUCGAUAAACCUUCAGCAUGUGUGUGUGUUUGUGUGUGUGUGUGUGUGUGUGUUUUCAGAAAUAACAAUGUACCAACAAAAAUAGAGAGUAAAGAAACGCCAGCCGUGUGGAGCAUUUAUUGCAGGUGUCAUAAAAUGGGCAUACUGUCAGGGCCGGCUCUAGGUAGACCCCCGGUGGCGCAGGGCACCAUGGCGCCGGCCCGCCAGGAGGGCGCCGCGAGCUGCGCUCGCC